AUGGCACCCACUCUGAAUGUGACACACAUCGGCACUGCGACUGCUAUCCUCGAGAUUGAUGGUGUGACAUUUUUGACGGAUCCAUUCUUCUCGCCCGCUGGUACAUCAUGGUCUAAUGACCUUGUUACACUCACAGUGUCUGACGAUCCUGCUUUACGGCUUGAUCAAAUCCCUGUCAUCGAUGCCGUCCUACUGAGUCACGAAGACCAUUUUGACAAUCUGGACAAUCUUGGUCGUCAGAUUUUGGAUGGCCGCCGGGUCUUCACUACGGUCGAUGGGGCCAAGAACCUUGCUCCUCGUCCAGGUGUUCAUGGCAUGAAGGCAUGGGACGUCUUGGAUAUUUCCAUCUCAGGCAGGGAAUUCAAGAUUAUUGCUACUCCCACCCAACACCUUCCUGGAGGCGAAUGUACCGGGUUCAUUGUGACAGGUGAACAUUUUGGAAAGGGCCGCGAUGGACUGCCAAAUGCCAUCUACUUUUCUGGCGACACAAUUUACAUCGAGGAGCUUAAAGGAAUUGCCGAUCAAUAUCACAUAUGCGCAGCGUUGAUGAAUUUGGGAAAUGCUUGUGUUCCUAACUUCGAGGACUCGAGCAAGCCUCCGUUGCAGAUCACAAUGGAUGGAAAACAGGCUGCCAAGCUCUUCCGCGAGCUCAAGGCGGAUGCUCUUGUUCCUAUGCACUACGAGUCCUGGAAACAUUUUACUCAAUUUGGCGAUGAGUUGCGCUCGGUUUUCGAGGAGGAAGGAAUUAGCAACAAGGUCCGUUGGCUGAAUCCUGGAGAAAAGGUUUCUAUCAUCCGAUGA